AUGCUGGUCCAUGACACCUGCUCCUCCACCGUGGUCCGAGACACCACCUCGACGUUGCUACAGCAGACGUCCUCCUCACUGCCGACAACAUCUCCUCGAUGCCGGCUCCUGAGGCUGAGGCUGAGGAUGAAACCACGUUUUCAUGGCUGGACGAAGAAAUCCUCCAGAGACAAAAGCUGUGAGUGCCUGUCCACAACCAGCAUUAACGGGGGGAGUCUGUGCCGCUCGGGGUCAUUAGAUGGCACACACUGUGGAGGCUUUAUGUCAAAAAAGUCCAGCCUUCAGGAAGAGGGAUGGGUCCCAGACGGGAAUCUUCAUAGAGGGAUUUCCCAGGACUCCAAGCAAAGGACAGACUGUCUGCUGUCCGGGUGCAGUUCAUUAAUGGAGUCUCUGAUUCUGUGCUGA